AUGGAAACAACGUUACCGACCAUCAUAGCUGCUAAUGAACAAAUCCUAAUGGCUAUGCAUCAAGAUCUUGGCUUACCAUGGUGGACUUCUAUUAUACUAGGCACACUUACUUUACGAACUUGCUUGACCCUUCCUGUUGCGGUCUAUCAACAACGAGCGAUUGGCAAAAUGAUCAACUUGGCUCCUAUGAUUCAAAGUUGGGCAGAAACUCUCAAAGUGAAUGUGGCAAAGGAAUCUAAUCGAUUGAAACCGGACUAUGCAGCUUAUCAAAAGGAACUUACUAAACAGUAUCGACAAAAAGUCAAACGGAUAUAUGCUCAACAUGGAUGUGCUCGAUGGAAACUUUUAUCUUUACCGUGGAUUCAAUUGCCUUUAUUUAUGUGUAUGACUUUAUCUAUUCGUGAUUUGACAGCUUUACCUUUACCCUGGUUUGGUCAAUACCAUACACAACCUGUGGAUGGACUUUUACAAGGUGGAUUUGGUACUUGGAUGGAUUUAACAGUUGUGGAUCCUACUAUGGUGUUUCCUUUUUUGGUGGGUGCUGGGAACCUUAUCAAUGUCGAGGUAAAAAAAAAAAAAAAAAAAAAAAAAAAAAAAAAAAAAAAAAAAAAAAAAAAAAAAAAAGGAUCACUUAUUAGGCUCGUCUUAAUUAUUAUUUUGUUUCUUGAUAUUCAUCUUUUUUUUUUUUUGUGUAUAAGCUGA